UGAAGAUGGAAGAAAAAUUAAAAUUACCAAAUUACAAAUGGCUUCCGUUUUCGACGUUCGGCGGCCCUAAUUUUCUAUUGGUAUGGUCUUAUAAAAUAAGGCAGCAUAAAAAACGUAACGAAAAUUCAAUCGAAUCUAAGAAGAUUGGUAGUCUUCCACGACCAUGGGCAUACAGGAUCUACAAAUAUUUUUAGAAAACGAAGGAGUAGGUGUUGAUUUGUUUCGAAUCGCUAGAACUCAUGCCGGUGGAUUCCGGCUGGUAUUAGACGCUGAAGGAUGCCUAGACCGUCUUUACGGCGGAUAUUUUUCAGAUUGGGCAUGUGGUGGACAAUGGGCUAGAUGUGUGCAAUUUCUAACUACACUUGCUCAAGCAUUAGCCGAACACCAGGUAGCCCUGUGUGUAUGUUUCAAUGGAGCUCAUCCUACACCACCCACCUUACCACAACAUUGGAUCCAAACUCAAGCAACAUAUAGACAGAGAGUCAACUCUGUGCUGAGACAUAUUGUAACAAAAGGCACUCCACCUCCAAAAGUAUGGUGGGUACCCCCAACUGGAUUGCAUUCCUGUCUAAGAACUGCUCUUCGAUAUUUGAACAUACCAAUUAUGGUGUCUUCAGAUGACCAUUGCCAAGAGGUUGUAGGUUUGUGUAGAGAAAAGACCUAUGCCGGUCUGGUUGGCUGUUCUGGUGAAUAUCUAGUGUUCCAACCUCCGAGAUAUUUUAGUUCCUCCCAACUAAAACUUACGUACAGGUCGUCUUUGGAAACCAAAGAAUAUAUGGUGCAUGACCUGCCAAAGCUCCUUGAUGUGCCACAAGACCGUCUUUACUUGAUGGCUGCACUUCUCGGUGGUACAAUGUUACCUGAACAAAGUCUUACUGACUUUUACAAGAGACUAGGAAUAACGCAAAAGAAGCAACAAAUUCCACCAGAGACAUUGAUUAAAACGAUUGCACAAUUUGUUCGUGAUUUGCCAUCGUCGGACAUUGAUGCUGCAUGUGUAGAAGUGUUUGGUGAUUUAAAUGAUCUCCGUGCUGCCAAAUUAAAACAAGCCGUACAAUAUUACUUGAAUGGUACCAAAGAUGGAUUCUUGAAAUAUAGAACUGCUUCUGGUCGCCGUCCGAAAAACAAUAAAAAGAAUCAAAAACCCGACAUUAGUCCUCAAUCAACAUCUUCCGACCUCGAUACCUCUAAACUCGCAGCCGAAUCUUCUGAGCAUGAGCAAAAAGGCUUGGAAGAUUACAAAUUGGCUACAGCAAAUGCUUCAAUGAACGCUGACUUUAGCAUCGAAGAACAUUGCCAUGAAUUAAGCCAUGGGGUUGCCGCAAUGACUUUAGAAGGUGCAGAUUCUGACACUCAGAAGCAGCAGGCCACCAAACCUACAAACAAAAAUGGAAAACCAUUCAAAGAGGCACCUGUUGGGCCGAGCCGUGGGCCGACGGAGGACAACUGCCCGCAGGCCCCCGCUGAAGUCUUGAGGACUUGUGCUGAGCGCCACGCGCGCGGUCUUAUGCACCCUCACAUGCUGGCCAUACUCACACACCGCCAGAUCGCCCUGCCAGUGCUGAUGGAGGACGACAACCAUCGCGAGAUACCAUCCAUACAUCACUUCUACCGACCUAUCCGUCAGAAUGUGUAUGCUAUACUCUACAAUAUGCACCACCAUCGUUUCAUGGCGCAGAAAGCUCGAGAUGAGGGAACAGCCACUGGCUCGAUGAUCAACGAGCGUCCGUGCACAGUCCAAAUUGCCGAGUGGAUUUAUUCCCAUGUCAACCCAGGGAAGAGCCCAGAGUUGGUAUCGGGGGUAGUACUGGACUGGCCAGUGCCAACUGUACAAAGACUCUGGUUUGGAACCGCUCAAGACGAUAAGUGUCGUCGCAUGCGUGCGUUCCUGUCGUGCAUGCGGUCCGACACUCCAAUGAUGCUCAACACAUCCUAUGUGCCCCAACAUCUGCUUAUAUUGGCCACUGUUUUGAGGUUCAUUAUGACGUCUCAGAUACAGAUUCUUCGGCGGCAGGAAUUGGACGCUUUCUUAGCAACAGCUUUCUCUAAUGAUCUCAUGAAUGCCCUUCAUCUACAAGAGAUGACGGUAAACGGCAUAAGCUCGCGUGGCGUGCAGCUGGCUACACUAGUGAUGGCGGGCGCGGAAGCGGCGUUGCUCGCUAACGACGCGUGCGGCGCGCCCGUGCCGUGGCUCGUCGCGGCCCCCUGGCUGUACUUCGACGGCAAACUGCUCCAGCGUAACCUGCAACGAGCAGCUGCCUGCAAGCAUCUAGCUCAGCUGUGUGAUAACCACAUUGAUACCGUCGUCAAGGUGGAGCGCAUGCGCAAGGCUAUCCUCGAGGGCCUGGAGGUGGAGUUCGCGAUGCCGCCGCUACCGAUGGUGGGUCUGAUGGGCGACGUGGGCGGCUGGCGUGGUCGCGGCCGCGGCGCGCGCCUCGAGAUCGCCGGCGUCGUGGUCGGCCAGUGGGGAGGCGGCUCGUACCCGACGCCGCGCCCGCAGCGGUACCCGCAACAGGUGAGCUACGUGGGCUACACGCCGCCGCCUCGCAACUCGUACGCCGGUCGCGGUUGGCGCGGCGGUCGCGGGCGUGGGCGUGGUCGCGGUGCCGCGCCCCGCCCCCGUCGCGCUCGACGCGAUCACGACGAGCCCGCCAAGCCGGCAACGCUCACUAUCAACGGGAAAACAGUAAGACCCGACAACAUUGGGUCACCCAAUGACAGCCCCAAUGAAGAUAACUUGCAACUGGAGAACGAUGGGGAAGGAUAUAACAUGCAAAAGGGCAGGGGUGGAAAGAAUAUUAAAAAGAAUGCUGGAAAGGGCAAGAAAAAGAGUACCACCCAGAAGUCUGACAUAGCUCAGGCUUUGGAAGCUAACGGGUCACUCGAUAAGAGCAAGGUGGCGGAUUUUAGUGAUAGUUCUGAACAGCACAUGGGCCAAGGUGAUGCACCAGUUUCUAACUAAUAUAUUUUCCGUAACCCAAAGGUAAAACCUUAAUGAUGUAUUUAUUUUUCAAAUUCUUUUGGUAUAUAUUUUAUUUUUAUCCUUUUUUUAUACUAAUAUUUUAACUAUUUAUUUUUAAAACAACAUUCAUUUGGCGAGUGAAUUAAUAAUUCAGAAUACUGAGAAACCAUAUUGAAAUACAUCUAAGAUAUUCACUGGCUAUUGAAAUACGAUUUUGCCAAGAUUCUAUCAGGUAGCAUGUGAAUUUUGGAGGAAUAGUCUAUAAAAUAAUUAAGACUCGUUUAUACCUACAAGAGGAUUAGGUAUUAGAUCAUGCGUGCCUCGAGAUCUUACUAAAAGACUUCCCGAUUAGAGACUGAUUUUGUAUUACUUCGAUUGACACUUUAGUGUGCGAUCAAACGAUUUGGAAGACAUCUUGAAAUAAAUGUGUUAGCGACGAACGCUAUCAACUUAUACUGAGACAUAAAACUGAACAUGAUAAUACCCAGGGGGGUAUGAAACAUUUUCAUAAUAAUAAUAUUAAAGAUACACUUUACGAACUAAACUUUCGCUGCUAUAAAUAGCGGUGAAGAUGUAUAAUGAGUCCUGAUAACAUCUACUGACAAGUGAUAUUAGAAAAUAAAUUAACGUGUUGAUUGUUAAGUCAUGUUAAAUUAAAAGUGAGAUGACUUAGUGAAUAAUAUGUUUAGUUUAGCAUAUGAAGAACUGAGUCAGCAUUAUUUAUUUAUAUAAAAUAUAUUUACUAUUUACCAAAUCAUUUUAUUUUAGGCUUGGUUUGGUUUUCGCAAUCCAGAAAGUGUCGCGUCGGUGACGGAUUUCUACCCGCUCCGAUUGCCUGUAACUUGAGACUUUUAUUUUACCUUUUCGAUUGCGGAAAUUAAACCAAUCUUUCAGACUUGUUUUUAGGAUUUCUUGUUGUAUAUUUAGGCUUUAUUGAAUGUUUGUACGAGUGUUAUGAAUACGUCAUCGCGUACACUGCUUUUGCCAAAUAUAGGAAAUGAAAAAUGUAUUGUACUCGUAAUGGAAUUAGAAAUUCUGUGUUUGGAGAUGAGCAAAAGCAGUGUACCGUUGGCGUCAUUUGUUUGUGAGUUGGGUUGUUAUACGGGAUCGUUUUUACGGAAAGUUUUAGUCGGACAAUAUUUACAUCAUUGUAAAAGUAAGGUUCGAACAUUAGGAUAGAAAUUGCAUUUAUUGAAAGAUGGUUGGUGCUUUGAAAUUAGUCUGAGAGACUGCCUGAAACGAGUCUGAAACUCAUAGAUUUAAGUCUAACGAUAAACGUUUUAUGAACUGCAAGAACAUUCGCACGCUGAGUCGUCCUCGACAUAGGGUAUUAUUUGGAUAGAAUAUCGUAGAUUUAUUAGUGAUAUAUUUAUAUGCAUUUUUGGAAACUCAGUGCUGCGAAUAUUCUUCACUUUGUAUGUAUUUUUGUAAAUUUGUUAUAUUGUUAUACUUGAAUUAGCUGGAAUGACAAAGGAUAUUCGAGACGGUCUCGAUGUGAUACUCGAUUGGUGUUAAUAUAACUGUCGGAUAAUAAUAUACCAACACGUUACAUUCCAUUUGGACGGGGCGUACCGCACACGGUAAACGACCAGUCGACACCAAAAGAGAAUGGAACAAUAUGAAGACUUUACAAUUUGCUUGUACCCUGGCUGAAACAUAAAAAUAUGUUGCCACAAUAACAUAUUUGAUUGAUUUGUAAUCAACGUUGAAACAUGACCAGAACUCGUGAAACACAAAUAUAACGGCCGACUCGCUAGUGGCGGUCGUGCAAAUUACAUAACGUACUGCAUUGACUAUUUUGUAUAACGCCCGCAGCCAAUGGCGGCUGCGAGGCUCGAUACUUCCGAACCUGUAGAGGCGGAUGCUUGGAUGCUAUAUACUAGCAUUAAGUCGCAGAAAGCGACCCACAUUUAUAAACAUAUAUUAUUGCUUGCUUAUUAUUAAUAAACACGAUGUGUAGCAUUAGAAUUUUAACUUCAAUGUAUUUUGAUUUGUUUAAGAAUUAUGUAUAACGACAGUGAAAGCAUGUUAGUGGAUUAUAUUUCAUGGGGAAGUGAUUUUCUAUAUUUUAAAGGUUCUUAAAGUAAAAGGCACCAUUUUGAUGUAUCGAGUUAUUGAAUAAUGGUUAUUCGAAUUAUAUGGGGAUGCCUUUUGUGUUACUAUGCGUGCUUAAGCUGCUUAAACAUAUUCUUCUUUGUCACUUUGAAACGUAAUGUUAGUAAUGUUCCGAGAAGGAGGUAGUUUUAUUUUUCUCAUAAAUCCAAUAUUUACUAUAGUUUUAGAUUAUUCAACAGCGUAAUAAUGUCUUUACUCCAUUUUAUAAACUUGUUUGCUGGCAGUGGUCUUUAAAAUAUAUUGUCAACAUAAUAUAAUAAAGUACAUAAUAUAUUAGAAAAAAAAACUUGUCAUGUACACUUUCGUAUUGAAGUAGCAAUAUGGAACUGUGGCUUUUUUGAAAACACUUAUAACUUAAAUACCUUACCCUGCUAUAAUAAAAAUUUGAAAAAGUUCACAUUUCUUGUAUGUUAUGUGAACACAAAAAUAUUGGAUGAAUUUAAAUUGUAAAGAGUUGUAUUUGUCUUCAAAUAAAACGUUCCAUUAUUA